AAAGCGUCUCGUCUCUCAGCGGACACGCUCGCGUUGCUGGCUUUUUUCUGCUUGUGGCGCGGCGCACUGGCUCGCUUUAGUUUCUUUAUUUUCGAAAGGCGUGCGGAGUCAUCGCACGGCAAAGAGACGGUGUGGCGUGCAGGCCCGAAGCGCGACGAGGGGUGCUCGCUUCGCCGUCUCGACACGACACGCGAGUGCGUUGACAGACAGCUCGGCUGCAGCAAGCAAGCGACGGGACUCGCAGCGAAGCAGACGACGCGCCAGCGAGGACGGGAGGGGUGCGGUUGUUUGGUGGGUGGCGGUUGCCGGUGCGGUGGUGGGGGGUUCUCCCCAAGGUUGCCGCGCGUGCGCGACAGAUUCGGCAUCAGCAACGUCCCGCCUCGCGGCAACGGCUCCUCGCCCCGUGUUUCUCCAGCGACGGGACAGGAGAACCGCUGGCGGCGCGCCGGUGCCGCGGCGGCGGCAUCAGCAGCAGCUGGGCGCGGCGGCAGCAUCAUCCGUGGAGGGGGCAUGGGGUUCGUCCCGCUCCUGUUGCCGGCGCUGCUCGCCGUAGCGUCGGCAGCCGGCUUGGACGGGUUCGACUGGGCCGGCCGGCUGGCGCAGCCCACCUGCCUCGAGAUACCGGCCAACCUGACGCUGUGUCGCGGCAUCGGCUACACGCGCAUGCGACUGCCCAAUCUGCUCGAGCACGACAGCAUGGCGGAGGUUCAACAGCAGGCACGCUCGUGGGUGCAGCUGGUGAACCGACGAUGCCACCCGGACACCCAGCUCUUCCUCUGCUCGCUCUUCUCGCCCGUCUGUCUGGAGCGGCCCAUCUUUCCCUGCCGAAGCCUGUGCGAGGCCGUGCGCAGGGGAUGCGAGGCCACCAUGGCACACUACGGCUACCCGUGGCCGGACAUGGUCCGUUGCGACAAGUUUCCCCUGGACAAUGACAUGUGCAUCGGUGUGCAGAGUACUGCCGCAGCAAGCGAGGCCUCAGCGUCAGUCGCCUGCAGGGCUUGCCAACAGGCCAACACGACGGAGUCGCUCGUGGACAACUACUGCCGCGCCGACUUCGUGGUGCGUGCCCGGGUGAAGCGCCUUCAGGGGUCUCAGCUGCAGUGCAAGCGCUCAAAGCUGCUCAAGCUGCGCGAGGGCCUGCCGCGACGGCAGCUUCGGCGCCCCGUCCUCAAGGCACCUGACUUCGAGAGGUGCUGCGGCCCUCUCAAGGGGCAGCUGCUGCUCAUGGGGCUGCGUGCCGAGAACGGCAGCCUGGCGCCCCUGCUCAUUAUGCCGUGGCGCCGCACCACCGCCUUCCGCAAGGCCCUGCGGCUCAUGCGCGGUGUCAACUGCACCAACCCUCUGCAGCACUAGUCUCGUCUUGGAAAGGCUGGCUGUGCCACGUCUUUUACUCCAGAUGUGGAGACGACAGCUGAAACGUCAUGCCUCCCGGCCCUAUGAUGGUCUGGACCACGGGGCAGUACACCUCUCUCUCAACAGAUGGCAUCUAGCAUGGCAAACAAAGCAGUCGCACAGUUCCUGGCAUGCCUUUGUUCAGGUUGCAUGAAACUAAAUGCUCGCUUAAGUUGUCCACAACAGCAGAAGCGAGUUUGGGUCCGAGAACGAAGGUGGAGGUACUGACUCCUUCGUAUUGCACCUUAUGUAAGUUUUACGGCAACACAAAAGUAUGCAGCGUUCUACUUUUCUAACACUUCUCUGCUUCGUGCCUCCAUCGGGCGCUUGUUUCUUCUCUCCGUCUGUUUUCGCUAGUCGUGAACAUCAAAUACGCAUGUAUCCAUGCGAGAAAGACAGAAAGUAAAAGUGUGAAGGCAGAAGUAAAAGCGGCGUUAGGUGACAAGCAGGCUAAAGAGACUGUUGCCAAAUCGAACGUGUCAAUGUUGUGAAGCAUCGUCGGUGUUAGGUGUUGUGGUCUUUGUACGAGAUGUGUCAUUGUAGUGUGUUCCGUACCACUUGUCAUCUUAUGAAAGAAACGAGGAGCAUUUGGUACAUCUCUGCCACUAAUGGAAAAGACGUGCCAUCGGGCAACAAUGCAGAUUUUGUGUUGCUCAGCUGAUGCUGAGUACAAUCUUCCACAGCAUCCAUGCCUUGUACAGAAAUUACGAUUGGCUGCGACAUUAGUACUAAUGCCUUACUUGUAGAAUUGAUGCUUGUGUGCAAAUUGCUUCAUGAUUGCACUAAUCAGUCAGCUUCAAUUUUCUUUUUUUGGCUGCAGGGGAUUAGAUGAGAAGAAAAAAUGGGCAGAUGCUAUUUUACACAAUGACUGUUCAUGCCGACAGGUUCAGCGACAGGCGUCAUUGUGGGAACAAACAUUCAUUGCUUCAUUAUAUUGCAACGCUAUAAAUUUCAUGUAAAGGUAACAUAACAAGGUGCCCGUUAUCAUGAUCACUUACUUUUUCUGCCACUGCUCACCUCACAGGAGUAGCAUGGCUUUGGCAAAAAAGCUCCACAUCUGUGGUUGGAAACUAUAAAUAUAUCUGAAACCAAUUUUUGCUGGUGUGGUUAAAACCUUGCGUUGCCAUUUUAGGGAUUACUACUAAAUUUGCAGUAUUUUUUAUGGAGAACGACAUCCCUGAAUAAAUUUGUUAAAAAAAAGAAAAAGAAAUUUAGCAGAUUUCAUUAGGUUCUGAGAGAUGUGUUGUUGAAGUGAUAGUAAUAGAAAAAGAAAAGUACCACUAUACUUUUAGUGCCUGUCAUCUAUAUAAACUCUUCUGACGCAUUUUUACCUGUUCAAAAUAUUUUUCAAAAGCAUAUUUUGCUAUUCAUGUAAAAAACAUUGGCCUAAGGAUUGGUACUUCUUAGAUGUCCCUCUUUGGUAUUUGGUGCGUUAUCAUUGUAACUGGCUACCUCCAUUAAAAAAAAGUUUGUACUACUUACAUUUAGACUUAGUUUAGCAUAUUUUCAGACAAUAUGUAUAGGUGGGUUUUAGCCGGUUUAGGAUAUAUUUGCAGCAGAACUUUCGUGAAACAAAAUGGCGACAAUUUAUGGUUUUGCUUUUUGAUGUGCAAGGAGAAAUGUUUACAAGGCCACACUUCAGCGAUUUUCGAUUCUUUUAUUCCUGGGCAUGCUAUGCGACUGCAGCUGUAAUGCCACAGACCUACUUCAAUAAUCCUCGUUUGUAGAAGGUUCACUGUCAAGGACAAAUAAAGCACUAGCGGGAAAGUAUAAAAGAGGACAGCUCUCGCAAGUUGUAACUGAAGAGAGUGCGCGGUCUCGCGCUACUGUAUGCAUGGUUGCCGAGUGUGGUGUAGGCCCGUAGCUAAUUGUACAAGCUGAAAUCAUGCCAACAUCAAAGUGGCAAAAGCGGAAAUGAGAGAAUGCGUUCCAGUUAGCCCUGACUCGUUCGUGUUCUAUUUGUCCAUGAUAGUAUGUAUGUGUCUCCAAGUAUAUGUGUGCAUUACUGCAUAAGUAAUCUCUGUUUGCAAGGUGAGUGGUAGAUGAUUGAUAAGCACCAGCAUUCAUUCUUGUGUGCUAUUGAAAGUAAGAGCACAUCUUUCAUCUGUAGACUUGUUCCUUCUAUACUAGCUUUGCCUCUCAUGUUUUAUCAUAUACCAGUGUAAUCUUUCUACAAUGUCGUGAGUGUCGUGUUUCUCGCUUUCUUACUAUGAUGCGAAAGUUGAUGGAAAGUAAGUAUAAAGACAACACAGAGUUCUGCAAUUUUCCAUCAAACUGUCAUUAACAUUCUUGUACUGUGCUGCCGCUAGAUGUCAGUAUAUGGUCUGCGGCAUCCUGCUGAAGCUGAAAUACGAAACAGCCGAUUCACCACUAAUAGCCAACCAGUGCUAUACUGACUUUAAUUUACUGAACUCGAUAGCUCUAUUUUUCUCGGUCAUUUCCCCUUUUCUUUUGCAUUGAAGUCUGUUUGAAAUAGUCCUGGCCAGAUUUUAUUAACUUGAUACUAAGAACAUACCAGACUCUACUUGUCUUCCGAGAAAAGCCAAAGAACACAACUUCCCGAUUGUGCACCAUCAAGAACAGUCACAGUUCUUUGCUAAAUACAGCAUGCUCACUUGAACACCAUCAUUGUGAACAACUUGCCCAAGAUGCUACAAGCGAGGAACAAUGCAAACAAAAGAGCUUAGUAGUUUAGCAGUAGAAAAAGCAGCCAUGAAACACAUGUGCCUUUUUCUGACAACUGCCUCGUCCUCGAUGCAAGCAACAGUGGGUGUUGUGUACGUAAGACACAAUGUCGGGCUUCUGCACAACUAUUGCUCACCAUUCUGCAAGUGGCACAAGAAGUUUUUCAACCUGCGAGCAGCACAGGCUUCCCGUUAUAUUUGUGCUGUAUUUUUUUGUCUGUUUUUGGCAGCUUAUAUUCAGCUUUACGUGUUAACCUUGUGGAUCUUGAUCUAGAGCCAAGCAUGAGGUCGUGUGUUUGAAUCUGGCCCGCAUUCGUCAGACUUUCAUUGGGAGUGGAGUGCUGAGUUUUGACUUGAAGAUUGUACACUUAUAGUACGGUCAUAUUUUUGGACCUUUUGGUGGUUGGAACUAAUCCAGUCCAUCCUUUUCUGCAGUGUGCCUCUCAGUCAAUUAUGGCUUAUCAACUAAGUCAGCUUUCCACAUUCUUUGAGAUGGUCAAACUGCUUCUCGCAAAAAGCCAUGCCAUACGAAUACAAGCUUAUCUUUGUUAGGUAGCCUCUGCUACUGAUAUCAGCUCGAAAUAAAUGUUGCACAUGGUAAUUAUCAGUGGUAGUUUUGUCACAAGGACAUUAUCAUUGCAAGUUGUGUGCUACUGAGAAAUGCCCAUUGAUUCCCAGCAACUUUCAUGUUGCAGACAUGCCUUGCAGUUCACUAGACAAUUCCUCAAGUUUAAAAGAUUUCCUGGAUUCCUGUGCGAGCAGUUUGUGGCUAGAAAUCUGUGCUGGAAUGACUGAAAUGUUUACGUUGGUCAGGGUAGUGAUUAAAAAAAGAAAAAAAGCCUUCUUGUAGCAAGCUUAGUUUGUAGUGGAGUGACAUUGACUCAAUGCUUGUUGUCUUUGAUUACUACUUAACAGAUAACUGCGGUGUUUAUAACCAGCUGACAGUAGUGUCUGAAGUCACUGUCUAGUGCCCUCUGUGUUCCAGUGUUCAUUUAUCUUUUGCAUUUAAGACUUCUUUCUACUGCUUGCGGUCUUCAUAGCUGCAAGAAUGACAGUUCGACUCACUUGGAGUCUUGCAUUUUUAUACAAAGCCACAGGAUCUCGUCUUGUGUGUUUGCAUGCGAGAUCCCCAUUGAGGAGCAAACUUGAUGUCCGAGAUCUUCCAGUAUUGUCAGUGCCAUACCACGCGACGUAAUCUUAUUUCAGAUUUUGCAACUAUGUAUAAACUGGUGAUGCUUUAGUAGAUGCUUUUCCUGUGAACGUUUUAAAUAUCUUUUUAAAGGCUGAGAGAUAAUUACAGGUGUUAUACCACCUUUAACCUUAUACACUGUACACCAUUGCCAAAUUUUUGAGUGAUUGAGAUGCAUGUUGUUUUGUUAGGUAUCCUUCACAUGGUAAUCACUUGAUCUCUAAAUGAUAUAAGGUCAGUGCUGCUUGUGUGGGCUUUUUCAAAGACUAACAGUUUCUUAGUAGGUGCAUUAAAAUGGAGUCAAGUCGAUAUAGAGUUCAGCUAGAGUAGCUUGCUAUUUUGCUUCAUCGGGAGCAGCUUUAUUCUUUGUUUCAUGUAGACAGCAGGUAACAUUCAUAGCUUUUUGUCAAUUCGGGAUUUGCAUAUUUGCAACAGUGGCAACAUGCAAUGUUGAAAGACCACUAAAAAGAUUUGUAAUGUCAGACUGAUAUCAUCAACACAUCUUGAAUGCCAAGCAAGCCCUACUCUCUGCAUGCAAGAACUACAUAAACCGAAACAAGAUUCAGGGAUUGAAUCACGAGCUCUCCUGGACUUCGUGGAUGGUGAAAUUAUUUUCUUGAAGCUAGGGAAUCGUUAGCAGAUGAUUACAGUGCAUUUACAAGACUGUAAUGACCUAACUUCACAGCUUUUGGAAAGUUUUAAUAUUCAAAAGCAGGCCCGAUCAAGCGAAAGUGCCAUGAAAUUACAGAAGACCUUGUAAAACUUGUUGUUCUGCAGCUUUUGCAUAAACUACUGACUGACUUCUUUUUACCGUUUAUAUGCAAGUUUGAGUUUUGAAAGGAUACUUAUCCAGUGUACACAUCUUUACUUCGCCUGUACAAUUCCUUUGAGUCAAAGGUGCCAUAAUAAUGCUGAGAAUUUUUCUUUUUUUGCUAGAUGAAGAGGUGUUUAUAGCUCUGUUAUUCCAUGGUUGCUGUGAAACGGCCUUAUGUGGCUUUCAUAAAUCUACUAGAGUUCGUGCUUAGUAUUUUCAUUUGCUGUGUUGAGUGUAUUCUUUUAGCAUUCAUUUGUAUAUCUCGCCCUCAGUCCAUGUGUGACCUCUCAUUGCUUUGCAGGUCACAAUUUGUCUGGUUUGUUUUGAAGGACAAGUUUUUAUAGGCGGUCGAGUGAAGAUUCAGCAUAAAUUUAGCUGUUGUGUACUAGCUAUGCGCCCUCGAGUCAACUCUGUGUGCCAAAGGACUUUGUGUGUGUUUUUGCCUUGUGAGUGUGAGUCAGCUGUUUGCUGCUGCUUUUUCUUGUGUGCCAUGAUGAAGGAAGAAAACACGAUAACCUAUCACAUUUGGAGUGACCCUCAAUUUCUUUCCAUGACCGCUAUCAAGGUCUUAACUUGCAGUCAAGUGCCGCAGGUGCACAAGCAAGAAAAGCUGGCAUGCCGAAGUCAUUUACCGGCAUGCCCUCAACAUAGUGUUCAUAUUGUGCGUGCUUUUUUUUACAUUUUUGUUUUUCCAUUCGAGUGUGCUUUAUAGUUGUUUUGUACGAACUCGUGAACAGCAUUAUUUUCCUAUAUCUAGCAUGGACGCUUGAUAGGGAUGCCACAUGUAGUCCCUUGGCUGUGAUAAGCUUUUAGUGAAUAAAGUGUCGUAAUUUAUUCCUC